AUGGAGAAGAAGGAAGAACCCACAGACGUUUCUGUCCCAAAUGAUACCGGAGAAAAGGAUACCAGCGAAGGAAAUGUUUACCCCUACCGAGAAACACAGCGUGGGCUGACAUCUCGACAUGUGCAACUGAUGGCCAUUGGAGGUUCGGUUGGUACGGGGCUGUUCGUCGGUAUUGGAUCCUAUCUCCGGGAUACUGGUCCACUGUCACUGUUCCUCGGGUUUCUUGUUUGGGGAUGUCUGUUUAUUCUACCUGUCAAUCUGUGUGUUGGAGAGAUGGCUGCAUACCUUCCUAUCCGUGGAUCGAUCUUUGAGCUUGCUGCUCGGUUUAUCGACCCGGCUUUCGGGUUCGCCAUGGGCUGGGUAUAUUUCUAUGGUGGUGUAAUGUUCGUAUGUACGGAGUACUCCUCAGUGGCAACGAUCAUGCAAUACUGGAACACAAGCAUCAAUCCUGCCGUUUGGGUAGCCAUGGCGCUAGUCAUAUGCACGUUUCUCAACCUUGUCGCCGUGAAAUGGUAUGGCGAGAGCGAGUUUAUCCUAGCAUCAACAAAAAUCCUCCUUCUCGUCGGCCUCGUGCUUCUCACAUUUAUCACGAUGGUGGGCGGCAAUCCGAAGCAUGAUGUCUAUGGCUUCCGGAAUUGGACCGACGGUGUGAUGUUUGAGUAUUAUACCGACGGCUCAACGGGCCGAUUCUUGGGCUUUUUCUCCGUCAUGGUCUACGCAGCCUUCUCUAUCGCAGGCCCCGAUAUCCCAGCCCUCGCUGCAGGAGAGAUCCAGCACCCGCGUGCAACCAUCCCCCGAGUGGCUAAAAUGACUUUCUGGCGUAUUGUGGGAUUCUAUGUCUUCGGAGUACUAGGUGUAGGCAUCAUCUGCAACCCGCGCGAUCCACGGCUUAUGUCCGCCAUCACUGACGGUGCUUCUGGCUCCGCUGCCUCACCUUGGGUGAUUGGAAUCGAGAACCUAGGUAUCAGCGGGUUGCCUGAUUUGAUCAACUUGAUGAUCCUGCUUUCUGGUUGGUCAUGUGGCAAUGCCUACCUCUACAGCUCCAGUCGAACACUCUACUCCCUUGCUCGUAAGGGCCAAGCGCCGAAGUUCCUCUUACGAUGCACCGCAGCCGGUAUUCCCAUCAACUGUGUCAUCACAGUAUCUUUAAUUACUUGCGUCACCUUUCUCGUGUCUAAUACCUCCUCCAUCGAGGUAUUCUACUGGUUCGUCGAUCUAACAACCAUCGCCUUUGUGCUCACCUACACGGGCAUGGUCUGCGUGUUCAUCGCGUGGUACCGCGCUAUGAAAGCGCAAGGGAUUGAUCGCCAAACAUUCGUCCCCUGGGUUGCCCCUUUCCAGCCAUACGGCGCUAUUCUUGCUAUCAUUAUCGGCUCCUUGACGGCUCUUUUCAACGGAUUUUCCGUCUUCAAGCCUUUCAGUGUGCAGGGCUUCGUCACUUCGUAUUUCGGUCUUGCGUUCUGGGUGGUGAUGUUUACUUUCUGGAAGGUUUAUCAUCGCAGUUCGUUUGUGAGCGUUGCAUUGGCGGAUUUGUACAGUGGGAAGGCGGAGAUCGAUGAAGAGUGCAGGAUCUGGGAAGAUGGCGAUUGGGAUGAACGAAGGAAGGAGGAGCUGGCUCAGAUGAACUGGGUCCGGCGGGCAUGGGAGAAGAUGUGGUGA